AUGCAGCCCGUGGUGCCGCCGCCGCCGCCGCCCGAACAGGCGCCGCCCGAACAGGCUCCGCCCGAACAGGCGCCGCCCGAACAGGCUCCGCCUGAACAGACUCCGCCCGAGGCCCCGAGUCCAGAUACUGGAGCCGAGGCUCCUGCGGCUCCUGCGGCUCCUGCUCAGGAAGCGGAGGCUGUGGAGAAAGAGGUGAAGGCCGUCUCAGAGAAGAAAGAAUCAGCUGUAAAGAAAGAGAAAGUUAAAGCUGCUGCAGCGACUAAAAAAGACAAACCUGUGAAGGCGAAAAGCCAGAAGGAUCAGAAGAAAGAGGCAGCAGCUGUGAGACCGAAGAGGAGAUCUGAGAGGACAGAAGCGUCAGCUGUCAAAAGCAAAGUCAAAGAUAAAAAAGAAGCAGGAAGUCGUCCUCCUCUGCUCAGACUCAGAGACCGGCUGGAGGCCUCCAGGACGACGAACGACACGCUGAAGGAGGAGAAACCCUCCAGACCUUCAUCGGAACAGACUAAGAUCAGAAUCAAACCAGCGGCAGAGAAGAAAAAGCCUCAGGCUGAAGAUAAAACCCCAGAAGAGAAGAAAACAGCUCAGAGGUUCUUCCAGUGUGUCUACUUCCCUGGUAAAGGUUCUUCAUACCCGCUGCGCCCCACCGCCCUCCCCAUGUCGCCCGCCAUGUUGCCCCCGGCCGUCCGGUCCAUGUUGGAGCAGCAGCAGAAGGCGACCCGGGCCCCGGGGCAAUAACCAAGCAAGCUGCCCCCCUCCCCAGCCAGCGGGGGGCAAUGACCUGCUGCAUUAUCUGCACCCGCAGGAAAAACUUCGGACUGGGAAUGUUUCUC